AUUGCUUAUUUACCAUGUUUUAUAACAUUCCUACAACGUGAUUGUCGUUAUCAUUCAUGUUUCAAGCUAAUGAUUGUAAUUGGUAUCGUUGAUAUGAUUACAACAAGUAAUGAUUUGACAAUUACUGGGCUCUAUUCUGUUAUUGGAAUCUCGUAUUGUACGACAUCCAUUUUGUCAACAUUCUCUAAUUUCCUUUCUCUAACGUGUUGGUUUUCACAUUGUUCACUAUGUAUACUUCUUAAUUUCAACAGAUGCUCUAAUUUGUACUACAGAAGAACA